AUGAAGAAUAUUGAAAAGUAUACUAAAAAUUGUAACGAACAACAACCACCACGUUCAUGUUGUGCAAACUUGAUUACAUCAUCAGUAAAUACCACAAUCCUACCAUCGUCAUCGCUGACGCCAUCAACAUCCUUGUCAACACAACAACACCAAUUACCUAGUGCUUCGCAUUCAAUGUUCAAUUUCGAUUUUACAUCAACAACAACUUAUCAAGAAUGGUUACAAAUGAUGAAACAUUUACAACAUAUCGAUCAUUUAAAACAAUUUACCAAUAAUAAUAAUAAUAAUCGAACGGAAUUACACUCUCAUUAUUCAUCGCCUACAUCUUUCGUUGAAAUUAACAAUAAAAACAUUGAACCAUUGAACAAGAAAUAUGACCCGCUAAAUUCAAACAAUUUAAUAUCACAAUAUUAUUAUUAUUAUUAUUGUAAUUAUUAUUUUGGUUUACAAAAAUCACAUGAAUUUCUUCAAUCACAACAACAAAAUCAACUUGAUAACAAUAAUCAUAGUGAAAUAUUUAAAUUUGACGGAACCGCCGAUACGACAUUCAAUUCAGAUAAACAAAAUAGUUCAUUGAAACAUUUAACACCAUCUGUUCAUUGUUCAAUUUCAACAUCAUCAACAUCAACAACCGCGACAACAAAAUCUAUUGUAAAAAAUUCACAAUUAUUUUCUUCAGUAAAUAAUUAUUCACCAAUUUUAUUUGAAGGUCAAGGACGAGUGAAUCAAUUAGGCGGUAUGUUUAUUAAUGGUAGACCAUUACCAUAUGAGACACGUUUAAAAAUUGUUGAAUUAUCCAAUAGUGGUAUACGUCCAUGUGAUAUAUCACGUCAAUUAAAAGUAUCCCAUGGUUGUGUUAGUAAAAUUUUACAACGUUAUAGUGAAACAGGCAGUGUAAGUCCAGGUGCAACCGGUGGAGCGAGAAAAUCUAAAAACAGUCAAACACUUUAUCAUCAUCAACCACGUGAUCGAAAUCCUCGGCUGACUACUACUACUACUACUACUACUACUAUCACUACCACUACUACCUCUACUACUACUACUACUGCUACAAGUACCUCGACUCAUAUUACAUCAACAUCAUUACCCAAUGAUACCACCAAUCAUCGUUCACGAUAUUCAAAUCAAAUUCAAAUGAAAUUAAAUCGCGCCAGUAAUAAUAAAUUCAAUAAAUCAAAAUUAUCAUUUAAAACAAAAAAACACAAUAAAUCAAAACGAUCAUUAUUUUCAUCACAUUGUCAUCUUGUCAACUCGAUAAGUCGAUCAACAACUACAAGGUCACAUGAUGCUAAUAAUAACUAA